AUGAAUUUGUUUUGGUUCUGUAAUGACUGUAGUAAUAUUGCUAUACAAAACCUAAAAAUAUCGAGGAGAUUGGACAGUCUUGAACAAAAAACCAACGAUGUGUUAGAACAAACCAAGGAGUGUUUCAGCGUCGUUAAAACAUUAUACGAUAGAGCACCCAAUGCCAGCGUGCAGAAGUGGAGUGACGUAGUAAAAGCCAAACGACCGCCUUUGAUAAUUAAACCAAAAAAUUCGUCACAGAACAGCGUGAAAACCAAGUUAGAUGUGACCAACAAAGUCGAUCCAUCUCAAAUAAAUAUAGCCGGAGUCAGAAAUACAGCUAACGGUGGGAUUCAGAUAGAAUGUGAAAACGACGAGUUGAUGCAAAAACUACACGAGGCUGCCCGGAACGCGCUAGCAGAUCGGUACGAAAUUCAGAUACCAGAGUUUAAAAAACCAAAAAUUGUUAUUGUUGGUGUUUAUGAUAAAUACCUGAGGGAGAUUGAUAUAUUUAUAAACAAAUUGAAAGACAUGUGUGGUACAAGCGAAAUAACGUUUGUUAGGAAAUAUAAGCCUCAUGCAGGAUUUACACAAAUAGUUCAAGAGUUCACUAGAGUGACAAAUACUUCAGCCACCCUGAUUGAUUUAAUUGUGACUAACAAUUACUUGCUUGAAGAAAUCAGGGGUGAUUUUCCACAAAUUUCAGAUCAUCGAAUUAUAGGCUGCGUAUUGGAUGUGCAACAUGGGAUUAAAACAGAGGAAAUGAAAUAUAAACGAAAAUUUAAUAAGGAAAAUAUUAACACUAUUAUAGCUGAACUCUACGGAAAAGAUUGGGACUAUUCAACAACAGAUGUGGACCUAUUAUAUGAAAAGUUUAUGAAAAAUAUUACAGAAACUGUAAAUAAAGUUGUACCUCUUGAAAACACUCAAACCCGCAAACAACCGUGGAUUAAUAGGUUCGUAAUCCAAGGCCGAAGAGACAGGGACGAAGCUUAG